CCUGCGGCCGGUCGUGCUGUCGUCAGUCGCAAGUGGUCAGUCGAUCGGACUGCAGUCUUGGCUGAGGGGUGAAUUCGGCAUUGUUCCUAACACGGCAACAUGGAGGCAGGUGGCGAAUCCAGCACACCCCAAGAAGAUAAGCGUCUGUUCACACCGGGCCCGCUGAACACGCGGCUGGAGGUGCGACAGGCCAUGCUGCGCGACCUGGGUUCGCGGGACGCUACCUUUAUAUCGACAGUCAAAGACAUCCGACGGGGCCUCCUGGAGCUGGCAGGUGUGUCAGACGAAGUGUUCACAGCGGUACCGAUGCAGGGCAGCGGGACGUUCUCAGUUGAGGCCGUGCUUCAGACGGCGUCACCCCGCGACGGUGCAAAGGUGCUGAUACUCAGUAACGGCGCCUACGGCCGGCGACAGGCCAAGGUCUGCGAGGCGGCCGGCAUUCCCUACAUCCUGCGGGAGUUCCCGGAGGACCGCGCGCUGGACGUGUCUGCCGCUGAGGAGCUGCUCGCCUCCGACUCCUUCACGACCGUCACCGCCGUGCACUGCGAGACCAGCAGCGGCGUGCUGAACCCGGUCCAGAAAAUCGGGCAGGCAGUGCGCCGGCUUCAGCCGCACGCAGCGUUCGUAGUCGACUCGAUGAGUGCCUUCGGCGCCGUGCCUCUCGACCUGGAGGAGGCGGGAGUGGACUACCUGGUCAGCUCGGCCAACAAGUGUAUCGAGGGCGUGCCCGGCUUCGCGUUCGCCAUCUGCCGGUUGAAGCACCUGGAGACCACCAAGGGUAACAGCCGCAGUCUGAGUCUGGACCUGUACGAGCAGUGGUUCAACCUGGAGUCAACCGGCCAGUUUCGGUUCACACCGCCCACACACACCAUGCUGGCGUUCCACUGCGCGCUGCAGCACCUCCUCUCCGCCGGCGGGGUUGCCGCCCAGGCCGAGCGCUACCGCUCCAACAACGCGACCGUCAAGCGCGGCCUGACCGAGCUCGGCUUCCGUCAGCUGGUGCGCGACGGCGAUGACUGCUACAUCAUCACAUCGUUCCUGUGUCCGAGCGACCCGCUGUUCUCGUUCAGUGAGCUGUACCAGCGCCUCUCGGAGCGAGGGCUAGUCAUCUAUCCGGGAAAGGUUACUGAGGCGGAUUGUUUCCGAGUGGGGAACAUCGGGGACCUGCAUCAAGAGGAUAUGGUGCGACUGGUGGAAGGCGUGAGGGACGUACUGAAGGAGAUGGGCGUCACCACGCCCGUCAGCUACGACUAGUGUCAUCAGCCGAGGCAAUGACGUCAGCUACAAGUGACGUACGCGGAGAACAAUGAAGUUAGCUACGACUUCCUAUGUCAGCUGAGGACAAUCAGUAGCGGCGGAACACCUUCAAUUAAGGGAGGGGGGGGGGGGCACUGCCGACUUUUGGUCCCAUUCUUUCCAUGAAACGCCUAGGUAUAUGGCUUAUGAUAAAAUGCCGAAUUCAAAGGGCCAAGGGGGCACGGUGCCCCGGUGCCCCCCCCCCUUCCGCCACCUAUGAGGACAAUACGUCGGUGAAGACGUCAACAGAACACAGUGAUUGCAUCCGUGGAGCCUAGUUCCGAGCCAAGAACCAAUGUCGCAGCCAUCGACGAAACGCGUACCUUCAACUGAUCAACCUCCAACAGCAGGUUGAUAGCAGACAUCAGAGCAUUGAUUUAUCGUAGAAAACAGUCUCGGCGUAGGAAGUUUAUUGUUACAACGCCAACGCCAGUGCUCAAAUACACCCGUCAAUUGUG